AUGAAGUUCUCCCUCGCUACCAUCACUGCCUUCGUCGGCGCCAUCAGCGCCGCGAACCUUCCAAACGCCUUCACUCUUGUUGCUGAGGGUGGCAAUACUCUCCUAACAGAUGGCCAGAAUGCCUACAUUGGUGCCAACACCACUGACCAGGAAAUCCUGAUCCUCCGAGGCGGCAGCCCCAACGGCCUCGUCUCAUACACUUCCAAGAAGAGCACUCCUACUGGUUUCCAGAACCUAUUCAUCGUUGAAAACUCUGUCUCGCCUGUCGGUUUGACCCGACCUCACUCUGGCGCUGUCCCCGAGGGCGGCAAUGUCACUGGUUUUGGUGUCAAUGACCAGGGUUUGUUCACUCAUGGCGGCAAGGAUUGGUUCGCCAUUGAGGGCUACGGCGACAAUAAGGUCAAGGAGAUCUAUUGGUACGGUGCUCAUAGUUCUACAUACCGUGGCGUCAAGCUCUAUGUCAAGGAGCUCAAGAAUUACUCCGCCUAA